AUGGCAGAUCGUCCCGCUGAUUUCGAGACAGCCAUUAAGGCCUGUGGUUUUGGCCGCUUUAAUAUUUUCCUACUGAUGGCUGGCUUGCCGGUUGUCCUGGCUGCAUGUUUUGCCAGUGCUGUAAUUUCAUACAUCCUACCCAGUGCAGAAUGUGAUCUAAAUUUGGAUUUAUUAGACAAAGGCAUCCUUAAUGCCAUUACAUAUUGCGGUAUGAUAAUAUCCGCCAUGGGCUGGGGCUAUUUGGCUGACAAAAAAGGCCGACGGAACCUAUUAAUCUGUGGACAUUUACUCGAUGUUAUUUGUGUUCUAUGCGCUGCAAUGAGUCAAAGUAGGACCCAGCUGAUGAUUGCCAAAUUUUUUAGUGGAAUUGUAAUGUGUGGCCCCUUCGCAAUUUUGGUAUCAUAUUUAUCCGAAUUCCAUGGUAGUCAUUUUCGUAUGCGUAUUAUGAUGAUUGUUGGUAUUAUGAUCUCCAUUGCCACUUUGACAAUGCCGCUGCUGGCCAUCGUGGUAUUACCGGCAGAUUGGAAUUUUCAAAUAUUCAACAUGAAUUUUGUUGCGUGGAAAGUGUAUUUGGCCGUAUGCGGAUUACCCAGUCUGCUAAGUAGCGUCAUAUUUGGUUUUUUCCCCGAAAGUCCACGUUUUCUUAUUUCACAAGGAAGAAAUACCGAAGCUCUGGAGGUCUUUAGGAAAAUGUAUGCAGCAAAUACAGGGAAAUCAAAGGAUACAUAUCCGAUUCAAGAAUUAAUCAAAGAAAUUAAACAAAAGGAUGAGGGAAGUUUGAAUAAAAUACAAGUGGCAACCAUAGAGGCCAAUACCAAGGACAUUUGCAAUGAAGGUAAUCCCGAAAUGGGCACAAAUAAUGUAAAAGAUGCCACUCUGAUGGAUAAACAACCAAAUAUAUUUAAGACAUUGUGUUCCAGACAAUAUUUGGGUUUGAGCAUUCAGGUUUGUCUGAUUGAAUUCUUUAUCAUGAUAGGACAAAACACCUUGCGUCUUUGGCUACCGCAAUUGUUUGCUUCCCUCAAUGAAUAUGAACAAAUUUCGAAUGAAUCGACCAGCAUGUGCACGAUUUUUGAGUACAGUGUCAAUAAAACGAAUCUAAUGAAAAAUUCCACAGAUGAAUGUGUUGUGAUUAUUACCCCUUCAUCCUACACGAAUAACAUCAUUGUGGGCUGUGUUGGUUUUAUUAUAUAUUUAGCAGCGGGAACACUCAUCACUGCCAUAGGAAAUAAGAGAAUACAGGUUAUUGGCCUAACAGUUGCUGGUAGCUGUGGCAUCGCCCUCUAUUGGUCGUCAACGUCACUGACAACAUUGAUACUAACAUCGACAUAUUCAGCAUUGGGCAGUAUGUCGGCAUCAUCAGCUAUUGGAUCUUCCGUCAAUUUAUUUCCGACUUCGUUGAGAACAAUGAUUGUGUCAUUGACCUUGAUGAUUGGUCGCAUUGGAUCGAUAGCUGGUAAUGUCGUAUUUCCCAUUUUUAUGUCAUUCGGCUGCAUCCCACCGAUUGCAAUGAUCGGCAUUGUCUUGUAUUUGGGCUGUUUAUUGUGUGCAUUUUUACCAAAUUCAAAUAAAGUGGAGCUUAAGUGA